AUGAGUAAGUUAAUGGUUGCAGCAGCAAAGGCAAAAGCAAAGAUUAAAGGUGCAAUCCCAGCUGGAAAACCUGAGCUUGUAGCUAAAUGGGAGGAAACAACAACGUUUAAAAUGGUAUCUGGAUUGUUUGUUAUGGUUAAUGCUGGUAUCAUCUAUAAAGGAUUCUAUAGCUAUGACAAGCUUACCGAUACAGAAAAGAUCUCACUCUGGAUAACCUCUACACAAACUAGUGUCGAUGGCAUUACUUCGAUUGUCGAUGCAAUUAAAUCUGGUUAUAAAGCAUACAAAUCGAUCGGCGCGAAAAUUGCAGACCUAAUUAAGCCGAAUGUAGUCUCACCAAUAGCGCAGGCCGUAGCAACCACAAAUGUCGCCAAGUUUGCAACCCUUAUUAAAAUGACCAAGUACUUGAAGAUCGUCACUGGUGUUUUGCUUGUAGCUAGUAUGUUGGUCUCAGGAUACGAGUUGGUGACAGCAAUUUCAAACAAACAGUGGGGAGAGGCUGCCCUUUCCUUAACCGAGCUUUCUCUGACGUUUGCCCUUUUUGUUUUAACAUUCUUUGUCAGCACUUCUUGGUCUGGUCCAGCAUGUUUGGUCUUGACUUUUGUUCUCAUCGAUAUCGUAAUUGCAGUAGCCAAGAUGUUUUAG